AUGCCCAAUUAUGUAAAGUUCAUAAAGGAAAUUCUAUCUAAGAAGAGGAAGAUGGAUGAUUAUGAUGUUGUGGCAUUAACAGAAGAUUGUAGCGCUAUAUUGCAAAGGAAGCUUCCACAAAAGCUUAGAGAUUCGAAAAGUUUCUCUAUACCAUUCACUAUAAGGAACUUUGAGUACAAACAUGCAUUGUGUGAUUUGGGGGCAAGUAUUAAUCCGAUGCCCUUAUCUGUGCUUCAUCGACUUGGGCUACGUGAAGCAAGGCCUACAACAGUGACUCUACAGUUGGCGGAUCAUUCAGUCAAGCAUCCUCAGGGUAUUAUUAAGGAUGUGUUAGUAAAGAUGGACAAGUUCAUCUUCCCAACAGAUUUCAUUGUUCUAGACAUGGAGGAAGAUGUCAACAUCCUUAUCAUUCUUGGAAGACCAUUCUUGGCCAAGGGCAGAGCAAGUGAUAGUUGUUUCAAUAUUGAUGUGGUGGAUGGAGCAGUUUCUGGUACAAGUUUGGCGGAUGAUCCUCUUGAGUGA